AUGUCGGUCCACCGCGAAGUAGUCUCUCUCUCGCAGCUCCUGCGUCGCACCACCGACUCCUCGAUCGCACGGCAGCAUCGGACAGGUCACAAGCCGCCGCCGUUGGCUUUCCAGCCCUCCCGACAGCGACCGGCCAAAGCGCAGCGGACGGCAGAGCGCCCGAAUAUCGGACACAGCCCACUCGUCAGCUGUGCACUGGCCGCGGACGAGCCGCUGAGCUUCACCGACUGCGUGCGCGGUGCGAGUGCCGCGUCAGCGUCUCAGUCCGAGAGCACGCGCUCGAGCUCUGUCUUUGCGCCCCUGUCUCAAGAAGCGUUCGAGACGGAGGGCGAGCAGUGGAGUGCCCUGACGUCCAUGUCGCAGUCGUCCGUGUCGCAGCUGCCAUCGCAGAACUGGCUGGCGUCGAGCCAAGAGGGGAGUCAGCCAUGGCGGGCGCCCGAGCUGCUGCCUCCACCUCCUGCACCGCCGUGCUGCAUGCAACGGCGAGAGCUUGAGCAGUGCAUUGGGAAAGCGAUCGCCCAGCAAACGCUCGAGCAAAAGGAGCAGCAGCAGCAGCUCCUGACGGACGUUGCCAGUCCGAUAGCAAAGUCGGUGGACGAGAUCAAGACGCAACUCGAGUCGUGCAGUGAAGCGCAGCAGAAACACGACGCGGUCAUUGCAGGACUUGCAGCAGACAUGAAGGAGGUGACGGCGGCAGUCUCGGCGCUGCGUGAGCAGAGUUGUAGUGACCGCACAGCAGUGUGUCAAGAAAUUCGCACGGCAGUGACGAGCGAAACAGCGGGCGUGAAAGCGGUGCUCACGAGCCUCCAAGCCCGCGUUGAGACAGUUGCAGGCAGCGUCAAGUCAUGCUCGGGUCUUGUUGCACAGCUACGGGAAGAUGCCGGCACGAAGUACGACGUGCUCUUGUCAGCUGUAGCUGCAUCUUCGUGCACUUGCACUCAAGAAGUCGCGCCUAUCGACGCACACGUGAACGACGAGAGAGAGAGCAGGAAACGAAAAUGGACCGCCGAAGCCCACGAGCAGGAUGCCAGUGGCGGCUACACGUUGGCCGCACUUCUUGGGUCACCCGUGUUCCAAUCUCCAGCUCGAUGUCGAGAUAACGACGACGACGACAUCGACGACGAGGUGCGGAGAGAUAAAGGGACAAGUGAGACGUCGUCUUCGAGUCUCCAAGGAGCACUUCAGCAGAUUGAAGCGCUUCGUGCACGGCGUCGCAGCAUUCUGCAGGAAUGGUAA